AUGGUAACCGUGGAGGUUGGACAGCGAGUUGUCCGGAGCACCAGCUGGACAUGGCGAGAUCAAGACGGCGGUGAGGGUCAUCUUGGGACAGUGGUCAAGCUCAAAGAUCAGGACCCUCAGGAACCCAUUCCUACAGGCUGGGCCAAGGUCAGAUGGGAUAAUGGUUAUGGUAACAAAUAUCAUGUCGGGUCCGGUGGCUCAUAUGAUCUUGCGCUCUUUGACAAUGCACCCGCAGGUGCCAGUGGGACUGUUCUUGACAUAUGUCCCUUCUCUGAAAGGCCACGAUCAGGCGUCACUGUUUGCUGGACUCAGUCUAAACAGGUCAUUACUCAUAGAGUUGGAUUUGAUGGGAAAAUGGAUCUGAAAUACACCACAGCAGGAACAGGGAUAGGUUACUACGCUACACAUCUCCCUGUUUUAGGUAAAGAGGUUGGUUUGAAGGUUGGAGAUCUGGUAGCUAUUACUCUGGACAGCGAAACUUUGCAUAGUAUGCAACAAAAAGAAGGGAGCGAGUGGUUACCAGAAAUGGGAAAUCUGUAUGGGAAGGUUGCCAAGGUUACUGGUAUCGACUCAAGCGGGUUUGCAGAGGUCACUUACCCUGAGAAAGAAAAAAAACCUCUCACCUUCAAUCCAGAUGUACUGAACAAGGUAUGGUCUGAAGUUCUACGUCACUUCCUCUUGUGA